GUAAUUCUAAAGUUGAUCCACCUUUCUCUUCAAACGACGUUCCAAUGUUGUCUGGAGAAGAAAGCAAAGUCCCACCUAACUUGACUUCACCAUCAAUACCUGCUCUACCUGGCGGGGACUUGGUUCUUGAACCUAAUGCUGAAGAAAGAAACUUGACAGAACAUCAUUCUGCCCAUUUUCGUGAAGACCCUGUUCGUUUUAUGAUGCAAAUGGGUGCAUUUUAUCAAGGAACGGGGUGGAGAAGCUAUAGAAAUUAUAUUGGGACUCGAAUAUUUUACGAAGGAUAUACUGAAGAUUUGAAAGAACGUGUAUUAAAUAGCGAACGUGUUCUCUACAUGAUCGCUUAUUUAGCUGAAAAGCAGGUCAAUCUUCUUUCUCAGACAUUACCAAAUGCCACCCCAAAAAUGAUCGCUAAGCGAAAAAAAAAACUUGAAAAAGAACUACAGAUCGUAGCUAACGGAAUGGUAGAUAAAUUAAUUGCUGAUCUUAAUAGUGUACGAUUUAUCAGAACUUUCGUCUACUUUGUCAAUAAUAUACUGCUUCGACGUGUGGCUAUUCAUGCUGCCCAAAAUUCUCAAUCACUUAUCAUUCUUCCAUGUCAUAAAUCUCAUGUAGAUUAUAUUGUUAUUUCUUACAUAUUUUUCCGUCUGGGUUUGGCUCUUCCGCAUAUUGCUGCGGGUGAUAAUCUCGACCUGCCUAUUAUCGGUACACUUUUUAGGUGUAGUGGUGCAUUUUUUAUUCGACGAAUGUGGGGUGAAGAUCAACUUUAUGGCAGUAUUACAAAGGAAUACUUAGAAUGCUUAUUAGAAAGUGGUCAUAAUAUUGAGUGUUUCAUUGAAGGAACAAGAAGUCGUACAGGGAAGCUUUUACCUCCUAAACUUGGUAUUUUAAAAACCAUUUUCGAAUGUAUAUUGUCUGGCAGAACCGAAGAUUGUUGGAUAGUACCAGUAUCCUUACAAUACGAUAAAGUAAUUGAGACAGAAACCUACGUUAGUGAGUUGCUGGGUAAUCCCAAGGAAAAAGAAACUUUAUGGAGUGUUGUAACAAAUAGUAGGCUAGUGCAAUUGAAAUGGGGUCGCAUUGAUGUGCGAUUUUCCAAGCCUUUUUCAUUACUAUCAUUCAUUGAAGAUCAAAAAAAGCGACGAAGUUAUCAUAAUCCGUUGAUCGAAGAACAAAAGAUUACUUUGUUGAGGGCGCUUGGUUACCGGGUUUUAUCGGACAUUAAUUCUGUUUCAGUUGUAAUGCCUACUGCUCUUGUCGGGACUGUAAUACUGACGCUCCGUGGUAGAGGUGUUGGAAGAAAUGAAUUAAUAAGACGUGUAGAUUGGUUAAAAACUGCAAUUUUUGCCAAAGGAGGACGUGUUAAAGAUUUUUUCGGUAUGAGUACGGCAGAAAUUGUCGAUCGUGCAACUGCCGUAUUAAAAGAUUUAAUCAAAGAAAGAAAGGAUUUAUUGGAACCUGUAUUUUAUGCAGAGAAAAGAUUCGAAUUAAGUUUUUACCGUAACCAGCAAGGUGGAGCCAAACCAGCACAACGUUUGAACAGAGUUACCCUUUUAAAAGAAAUAGAGUUCCUUUCUCAGUUGCUCAAGGGGGAAUUUGUGUAUAAGCCUGAUUUUUACUGCUUUUUGAUAUGGCCUUUUAUCGAAACAUAUUGGCUUGCUGCCAUAAGUCUGUUUUCUAUGACCCCUACUAAUCCAUCUCAAUCGACGACUUCGAUUGAAAAUAAAACCACUAAUAAUAUUACAUGGUUUAAUGAAAGAGAUUUUCAAAACAAAUGUCAACUUUUUGGUAAAACUUUAUACUAUCAAGGAGAUAUUUCCUAUUUUGAGGCAGUGAACAAGGAAACAUUAAAGAAUGCAUUUACCCAUUUUGAAAAUGCUGGCGUUAUCAUGGUGAAACGAAGCCGCAAUGUUAAAACACAACCCACUAUUGCUUUAGCACCUAAAUUUAUACCAACAAGGAAUUCUGAUGGAAUCAUUGAAGCUAAGGGUGAGUUAUGGAAUUUAGUUGAAAAAAUUGGAAAAUUUCGAAGGGAAGGAAAAAAUCGUAGAGAUAAUGCUACAGUUAGUUCAAGAGUAUUAAAGUUAGCUGAGAUGGUAGGUACUCCAACCGCAGCUGAUGUAGAUGUGAUGAGUUUAAUGAAUAAUAAGCCUUCAAAGGUCGGAAAACUGGAAGCAAAACUUUAG